CAUUUCCAGGAGCAAAGUCAGCCUAAAGGUUCCCUGUGAAGUAGGUAGUACCCUUCUGCCCCAGUAAGAAUGGCAUUGAGUGAUUCCAUGCCAAAAUGAGCCCCGAGAUCGUACUGAGAGAAUAAAGAAAGGUAGGACACAGGAGGCUGACCAGCAAUGAAGAGGGAAAUACCUUGGACAACACGUACUGGAUCGGGUGCCAGGUCUUAAGCAUGGUGCAAGGAGCUAAGAAGAUGAUUAUCCAUUUGGUCUAUGGGUUUUCUGAAGCCCUGCUUGCUGGAACUACAGCAGAACGCUCAGCUCUCUCUUCAGCUGACAGAUGAUCUUCACAAAGAAGACAAAGCAGGCCUUUCUGUUUAAAGACAUUUUAGCUGGAGGAUGCUAAUUAUCAAUGAGGAGAAAGUGACACCUGAAGAGUUCAUUUUCCAUCUUGGUCCUUGCUUUUUCCUUUGAACUCCCUCCACCCGGCCCUCUCUCCCACUUCAUCACCUCUCCCCCACCACCAUAAAAGACAGCUCCUCUCUGGCCGGGCGGCAGAACUUUCUUUCUCACUAGCCAGGGAGUUGUUCCCUGCACAGCUGUCUCGGGGCAUGGACGACCUGCAAGAGACCUUCUUCAGCCUGGAGGAUGGCCUGGACUCCUCCGACAGCCCCAGCCUGCUGUCCUCCUGGGACUGGAAAAACAGGGCCAGGCCCUUUGAGCUGAGCCAGGCCUCCCCCUCCCAGAGCCUUUCCCCAGUUCCAUCACUGGAGUCCUAUUCUUCUUCCCCCUGUCCAGCUGGGGCUGGACUGCCCUGUGGCCAUGGCGGGGCCAGCAAUGGGGGCAGCAACGGCUGUGGCAGUCACGGGGCCGGUGGUCUAGUGGAGGUGGACUACAAUAUGUUAGCUUUCCAACCUGCCUACCUACAGGGCCCUAGUGGCCCCAAGGCCCAGAAGGGCCCCAAAGUCAAGAUGUCUGUGCAGCGGAGACGGAAGGCCAGCGAGAGGGAGAAGCUCAGAAUGAGGACCUUGGCCGAUGCCCUGCACACCCUUCGGAAUUACUUGCCACCUGUCUACAGCCAGCGAGGCCAACCGCUUACCAAGAUCCAGACACUCAAAUACACCAUCAAGUACAUCAGCGAGCUCACAGACCUCCUCAACAGCGGCACAGAGCCCAGGCCCCAGAGGGUGUGAGCUCUAGCCCUGGGGCAUCUGGCCAGUUUUAGUCUCCCAGGGGAGAGUAAAGGAGCUUUCAAGACCUGGAGCAUCUCUUGGGACAAUAGCAUAGAAUUAUUUGCGUUAGUUAGUGAGGUCAUCUUGUCAUCUGAGAAGUUCUGAGGGAUUCCCUUCUGACUCCCUGAAACAGCCAGAACAGCAACCUGCCACACAACAGAAACUGUUGCUUCCAGUUUUUCCCACCAUCUCUCAGGAUUCUCAUCCUUUGCAAAGAGACAGAUUAUUUUGUCCUUCUGUGUUUCUUCAAGGUAU